GUACACGCCUUCACAGCAGGGAGUGGCAUUCAACUCGGGAGCCAAGCAGCAAGUCAUUCGCAUGGUGGAGAUGCAGAAGGAUCCCAUGGAGCCUCCACACUUCAAGAUCAACAAGAAGAUUCCUCGUGGACCCCCAUCCCCCCCUGCUCCAGUCAUGCACUCCCCCAGCAGGAAGAUGACCAUGAAGGAGCAGCAGGAGUGGAAGAUACCUCCAUGUAUCUCCAACUGGAAGAAUGCAAAGGGUUACACGAUCCCGCUGGACAAGCGCUUGGCUGCAGAUGGAAGAGGCCUGCAGACGGUUCACAUCAAUGAGAACUUUGCUAAGCUGGCAGAGGCUUUGUACAUAGCAGACAGAAAAGCCAGAGAGGCGGUGGAGAUGCGUGCCCAGGUGGAGAAGAAGAUGGCGCAGAAGGAGAAGGAGAAGAAAGAGGAGAAGCUGCGCGAGUUGGCUCAGAUGGCUCGCGACCGCAGGGCUGGGAUCAAGAGUCACGGAGACAAAGGUGGCGAAGACGGCGAGACCAGGAAGCAUGACGAGAUCCGCCACGACAGGAGGAAAGAGCGGCAGCACGACAGGAACAUCUCCCGGGCCGCGCCCGAUAAGAGGUCCAAGCUGCAGAGGGACCAGGACCGAGACAUCAGUGAGCUCAUAGCUCUGGGCCAGCCCAACCCGCGCACCUCCAGUAUGGCCCAGUAUGACCAGCGGCUCUUCAACCAAAGCAAGUACACAGUGUAAGACCAGCCCUUAAGGGGAGACAGGUCAAUGGCCCAGAACAUCUACAGGCCUAGCAAGAACACGGACAAGGACAUCUAUGGGGACGAUGUGGACACCCUUAUGAAGAACAACAGGUUUGUGCCGGAUCGUGAGUUCUCUGGUGCAGACAGCGGGCUUCGCCGGGACGGACCCGUCCAGUUUGAGGAGGAUCUCUUCGGUCUGGACAGGUUCUUGGAGGAGGCCAAGCAGCACGGUGGCUCCAAGAGGCCCUCCACCAGCGGCCGCUCCAAGGACUACGAACACGAGAAGAAGCGCAGGAAGGAGUGAGCAGCACAGCCUAGCCAACGCCCUGGAGAGAUGUCCACACCUCCAUAGCAUCUCUACUUUGUGUGUUGUUAUACGAUCUGAGCCCGCCCAAGGGAAUACCAAGGACCUCUUGUGCUGCUACCUCGGAGUAGAUCUUUGUUCGCUCCACGUGCUCCAUUGUCACACGUGGCUACUGAGCUGAAUCGUAAAAUGUGUAUUUUAAGUCAAAACGCUCUGUAGUUGUUUGUAAGACAUAUACAGCCCCCAUCCCUAUCUUAUCAUUCCUGUUCUUUUUUUUUUUAAGUAUAUUUUUUGGCCUUUCUAUGCCUUUAAUCAGAUAGGAUAGUGGAGAAUGAC